AUGACUGCAAGUGAGCAGACGGCAGUGAGAGUUGCCGUCCGGGUACGGCCUCAGACUGCAAGGGAAAGGAGCAAUCGUGAGAAAGAUUGUAUAGCCUGCAACAUAACUACAAGACAGCGGUCUUUCACAUUCGAUUAUCUUUUUGAUCCAUCAUCAACUCAGCAAGACAUCUACAACCAGAGCGUCCGGCCUCUCGUGGAUGCCGCACUCUCGGGUUACAAUGCCACGGUGUUCGCAUACGGGCAGACCGGUUCCGGGAAAACGUAUACCAUGGGCUCUUCGUCAUGGGAUGGAUUGACAGAGGAUGACCUGGGAAUGCUUCCAAGAGCGCUCAAGCAGAUAUUCGAGGAGAGGGGGCGUCGUGAGCAGUCGUCAAACAUGAUUCUGCGUGCUUCGUUCUUGGAGAUUCAUAACGAAGAACUCCGUGAUCUCCUCUCAAUCCCGAGUACCCUUCCCUUCGGCAUUGGGGCCAGGAGAGCGACGCUGCAAAUUCGGGAGGAUCCCCAGGGAGGAAUAUAUUUUGCAGGGGCUGAAGAACGUGAAGUGGAGAGCUUCAGGGACAUGUGCGAGCUCUUGGAACAGGGAACUGCUCGCCGAGCAGUAGGCAGUACUGAGAUGAAUGCGCACUCAAGCCGAUCACAUGCGAUUUUUACUUUGAUCAUUGAACAGCGAUUGAUCCGCGAAAGCGACUUCCUGAUUGCGCUCAACACCAGUGACGGGGCUGGAACAGAAGAUGGUGCAAAUCUAGCGGAAGAGGAGUACAUUGUUUCGAAGUUCCACUUCGUGGAUCUAGCUGGAAGUGAGAGAUUGAAGAAGACCAAGGCAGAGGGAGAACGAUUGAAGGAAGGUAUCAACAUCAACUCUGGUUUGCUAGCACUUGGAAAUGUCAUUUCUGCUCUUGGCGACGAACAGAAGAGGCAUUCGGUUCAUGUUCCAUAUCGAGACUCAAAACUGACAAGAAUGCUGCAAGACAGCUUAGGUGGAAAUUCACGUACUCUCAUGAUUGCUUGUGUCAGCCCUGUUGACAGCAACUCUGAGGAAAGUUUGAAUACGUUGAAAUAUGCGAACAGAGCAAGAAACAUCAAGAAUACACCAAUAAUCAACCGAGAUCCAAACUCUCAUCUGAUAGCACAGAGAUCGAGGAAAAGUGUCGGACUAAGGCAGUUCUCCGGGCUGCUUCUCAGCCCUGCCAUGGCCUGA